GCAAGAACCAAACCAAUCUUUCUUCGUGCCUCUCUCCCUUUCUUCUGUGCUUGCAACAUUCCCACAGCACAGCCAACCCCAUUCACAUUCAACAGCCACCACCGCCACCGGUCAGCACAGCAGAGCACCCGCAGCGGGCAUUGCAUUGCAUUGUUGUUUAUGUUCGUUCAUUCGACCUUGCGCCAUCUCCAACAAGCAAGCAAGGAACCAAUCGAGCACCGAGAUCCACAGCACUGCGAGUGCGUGAGCGCGAGUGUUCGUGAUCAUUUGAUGAAGAACAAAGCAGAACAGAACACACGACGACGACAGAUCGUGCGCCACAGAGCACUGCAUCGCCACUCGAGUGCUCCAGUUGCAUUUCCAAGCGUUGACAUGAAGAAGAUGAUGGUUGCCGUGCUGCUUGUCACCGCCCUUGUGCUCCUCGCAGGAGGCAAUGGUGCUGCGGCCACUGUUGUCAGAAACCCAGAGAAUGGCCACUACUACACCAUUUCCAGCUACAACCUGGGCUUUGGCCUCUCGACUGGCUCAGCCGCUCUGCAAGUUUACGAAGGCUGGCCCGGGCAUCUCGCCACCAUCACCACUGCCGCUGAGGACCAAUUGGUGAAACAGCUUGCUGCCGGUCGCGAAGUUUGGAUUGGCGCCAGCGAGCUGAGCGGUAGGUGGCAGUGGGAAGUCGGCCCCGAAAAGGGCACCGCCAUUCCCGGCUCAUCAGAAAAAUGCGGCGAAAGCAGCGUGUACUGCAACUGGAACCCUGGCGAGCCAAGCAAUUCGUGCACCUUUUAUGUUCUUGUAUUCUGUGCUGCAACAGAGGACUGUGCCGAACUCCGAGGCAGCGGCUGGAACGAUGAGGGCUGCACCACCCCGGCUCCCAGCGUGAUUGAGUUUGAGCCUGCCGACGCACACGGCAACUGCCUCAGCGGCUUUGUCCAUCGCUCGCCGCUCGGUUGCGUGCCGGAGAACCCGUGCUCCCUCAACCCGUGCGCGACAGAUAAAGAGGACUGCGUUCCCAACAUGGCCGAGUAUUCAAGGCAGUGCAUUCCAAAGGCCACCACAACCACCUCAACGACAACAACAACGACAACCACCACAACAACUACCACUACCACAACCACAACAACUACCACUACCACAACCACAACAACUACCACCACAACAACUACCACAACCACCUCAACUACAACUACAACUACAACCACCACCACCACCACCACUACCACCACCACCACAACCACCACUACAACCACUACCACAACCACUACAACCACUACCACAACCACUUCCACGACCACAACCACUUCCACCACUACCACUACAACAGCUGCACCGCCGCCGGCGCCACCCGGCGGAUCCACAACGACAGGGGAGACGACCACUACCUCCACUACCACCACGACGACGACAACCACCACCACCACCACUACCACUACCACCACUACCACGACAACGACCCCUACCACUACCACUACCACUACCCCCACCACGACAACGACGACGACAACUACCACAACAAUAACUACCACUACCACCACCGAGCCAACCACAACCACAACUACCACUACUCCAACUACCACCACCACCACCACCACCACCACCACCACGACAGCAACCACCACUACAACUACCACUACAACUACCACCACGACAACGCCUGCGCGGAGGGUGAGCCCCGUGUCGUUUGUCUUCUCGCCGUUCUCGCGCGAUGCGGAUGCGUGGGACCUGGUCAGCUACAUCCAGGACAACCUCGCCAGCACACGCCACGCCUCCCUCUUUGCCCGCCUCUCCACAACCGUUGUUGACGCCGGCGCCGUUGUGCGGGAUGCGCGCGGUCGCGAUGCCUCAUCCGCCCGCCGCCGCCGCGAUGGCGACGAUGAGGAGAGCAGCGUCAUCCCCAGCAACGUGCGCGGCGUGCUGGUUGGCGUGCGUGUACUCGACGCCACAGGCGCGCCCGUGUCGCAGGACGACGUGCGUGCGAGCGUCGACCUGAGCACCCUCAUCCACAUCGCCACGGAUGGCUCACAGGGCCCGCUCUGGUUCUGGAUGGACGAUGAUGGCACGCCCAUCGGCGCUGCUGUCGGUGCUGCCGUCACCACCACGGUCGCCACCGCCACCUUCACCUUCCCCGGCCUCUUCACCACGCCCGUGUUCACCACCCCGCACCCCACAGGCUCCACCACAGCGUCUACACCGGCACCAUCGGUCUCGUCCUCGCCCUCAUCUUCAGCGACCAGCACGGGCACGGGCAGCGGUAGCAGCACCACGGCCCCGCAGCCCUCCCGCAGCUCCCAGGCGUCUGUCCCUGUUGCUGUUGGCGCCGGUCUCGGCGGUGUCGCUGUGCUCGUCAUCAUCAUUGCCGCUGUCCUUCUCCUUGUGCGCCGCCGCCGCAUCGCCUCUGCAAACAACCGCGCCAGCACCGCCAGCGCGCCUGCCAACGGGCUUGGCUCUGGCCUCCCCGCCCCCGUCAACGGCGGCUGGCUGCAUGGCGGCAAGGGCGCGGGCACCACGGAGCCCUACGGCGUUGUCACAAAGAACCCCGUCUUUGAUGCGCGCGGCAUGCCCGAGACAGACGCAGACAGCGCCAUUGUGUCGCACAACGGCGACGCUGACAGCAACGGUGACGGUGACAGCCGUGCUGGGUACGAUCGCCCACGCGUGCAGAACCCGUUCCGCGACUACGUUGAGCCCGAGGACGGCGCCAACAGCUACGACUACGCGCGCGAGGGCCGGGACGCGUUCAGGGACUACCAGCGCCCGCAGCCGGGCCACGUGUACGACAACAACCACCCGCGCAACCCGGACGACCCGUACUACUCGUACCCGCACCUGCCUCAAGCUGGCGGUGCCCACACGCGCUACUACACCCCGCCCGUCGCGGGCUCCAAGGACCACCACAGCUACGACAACCCUCGCGUGUCCACCGAAACAGCCCCAUACGACCUUCCAAAGUCCCACCCCGCCUACGACAACCCGCGUGUAUCCGACGAGACGGCGCCGUAUGACCUUCCCAAGUCGCACCCUUCGUACGACAACCCGCGUGUCAUCUCGCCCGGGGAGUCUGCGCCAUACGAUCUUCCAAAAUCGCAGCGGAUUGGGCGCGAGUACCUGGAUGUGAUGCCCACGCCCGACGGCGUUGGCUACCGCGUUCCACACGUCCGCCUGCAGGCGCGCGCAGACGCAGACAACACCGACCCUGCUGCAGGUGUUGAUGAUGACGACAAGGAUGUUGCUGUUGAGGACUCGUUUGGGUUUGGCUCCAAGUUUGCGUCACAGCUGGCGUCGCGUGCUGGAAGCGACUUGAACAUUGACCGCGAUGCCCCGCUCAUCAACGCAACGUACGGCGCAACCCCGGCCAUCCUCGUCCGCAGCACACCCUCCAUCUCCAACCGCAGCCAAGGUCGUGGUGAUGAUGACGGUGAUGACGAUGAGGAGCCACGCUACGACCCGCGCACGAUGGGCGACGACGGUGAUGGCGCAGCGUAUGCCAUUGCCAACCACCCUGUUAGUGACCCCGACUAUGAUGUUGCUCGCCAUCUCUCCGCAUCCACCGCCCACCACAACAAGCCGUCCAGCAGCGGCCCACAGACGUACGGCCUCCCAGCCCAAACAUACGAAGCAUCCGCCCCCUCGUCGGCGUCGCGUGGUGGCCGCAAGCGCACGUUCAGCUGGGGCCUUGGCCGCCACAGCAGCAGCAAGCGCGAGAGCAGCACGGACGACAGCACCGCCCAAGCAUCUGCCGAAGUGCUCGGCACACUGCCACCGGGCCUGCUGCGCGGUCGUAUGGCGCGACGUCAGGCAGAGACACAGCUGCUGCCGCACGCGGGGACGACUGGCGCGUUCCUGUUGCGGGUUGGCCGCACGGGCGCCAAGGACCCGCACGGCGCACGCGUCAUGCACACGUGGGCCAUCUCCAUGGUCACGCCAGCGGGCUUCCAGCACCACCUGCUGUUUGUCAUUGCUGACGGCACGUUCAAAGUCAACGGAUGGCGCCUGCCUGCCUCUGUCAACACAGUGGCAGACGCCAUUGCACACCUCAAGCACACGCCCGUCGGCAUGUCCAACGUGCUCACCACCCCAAUCACCUCCUCCGCGUGA